AUGAGUAGUAGUGAAAUAGUUGAAGCGGUGGAGCAAGAGGUGAUGCUGCCAGGGUUCAGGUUCCAUCCCACCGACGAGGAGCUCGUAGGGUUCUACCUCAAGAGGAAGACUCAGCUCCGCCCUCUCUCCAUCGACCUCAUCAAGCAGCUCGACAUCUACAAGUACGACCCAUGGGACCUCCCGAAGAUGGCGACGGGGAGCGGAGAGAAAGAGUGGUACUUCUUCUGCCCGAGGGACAGGAAGUACAGGAACAGCGCCAGGCCCAACAGGGUGACCGGAUCGGGCUUCUGGAAGGCCACCGGGACGGACCGGCCCAUCUACUCCUCGGAAGGGAACAAGUACUGCAUCGGCCUCAAGAAGUCGCUGGUGUUCUACAAGGGGAGAGCCGCCAAAGGGAUGAAGACCGACUGGAUGAUGCACGAGUUCCGCCUCCCUUCCCUCGCCGCCGCCGGCCACCACUCAUCCAAGCGCUUCGUCGACACAACCAUCCCACCCAACCUCGAUAAUAUAUGGGUUCAGGAUGCGUGGGCAAUUUGUCGGAUAUUUAAGAAGACGAGUUCGACGGCACAAAGGGCGCUCUCUCAAUCUUGGGUGUCACCGUCAUUAGUUCAAGAAGAAGCGGCACUCCCUACCUCCACCACUCCAAAUUGCUUCACUCAGUCAUUUAUGAGCUCCGCAACUACAACUACGACUGCUCCGUCAUUUCCUCCCAUUCAUCGUCUGUCGUUCGACUACAACUACAACGACAACAACUACUACGCUUCCCCGGACUUCUACUCUUUCAAACCAAUCAACAACAGCAUCAUCCCACUGGCUCCAAAGCCAUCCUACCAUCUCCACACCUACCCUUACUCCGCGGCGGCAGACCAUGAAAGUAGUGCAAACUUCUCAUCGCCACCUCCGACGGCGAAAUGCACAUCGGAUCUCUCCUCCGUGCUCCUAAACAUGCCAUCAUCUUCGUCGAUGCUCCUCGGCAAUCAUUUCAAGCAACAGGCCGGUGGUGGUGAUCGCGAGAGUAUGAGUAGUAGUGCGGACCAGUUUAGUAACGGAUCUCACCACAGCAAUAGCAACGGUGGUAAUAUCGUUACUAGUAAUGGUGGCGCCAUCUCGUCGUCGUCGUUGAUUAGUGGUUCUUCACAUGAUCCUGCCUCGAUUAUGAUGUCGACGAAGAGCCCCGAUUUGGCGCACAUCGAUGGCCUUCCGUUCAGCUACUUGGGUCAUGAUGGUUGCAGCACUCCUACUACUACAGCUGCUUGGAAGCAGAACCUCUUGCUUUGGGAUUAUGCUAAUUACUCGUCGCCAACGUUUCCUGGUAGCAGUGAUCAGGUUGCUACGACUUUUUCCACUACCAAGUGCUAUAACUAG